AUGCCUGUGCUGCUUGAGCUGGUGGUUCUCCGAGCGCCGGAGGCCCUGCUGCUGCUGGAGCUGCUUGGGUUUCUGGGGCCACGGGUCACGGAGGUCCUCGUACUAGAGGUACCGGGGCUGCUGGGCCUGGUGGUGCUGCUGGAGCUGGAGCUGCUGGAGGUGCUGGAGCUGGCGGUGCUGCUGGGGCAGGUGCUGCUGGAGGUACUGGAGCUGGAGCUGCUGGCGCUGCUGGGGCUUCUGGUGGUCCUGCUGGAGCUGGAGCUGCUGAAGGUGCUGGAGCUGGAGGUGCUGCUAGAGCCGAUGCUCCUGUGGAAGCUGGAGUUGGCGCUUCUGGUGCUGCUGGAGGCUGGAGCUUGUGGUACUGCUGGAGUUGGAGCUGCCACUAGGGAUGCUGGUUCUAUCCCAUCUAGUUCUGGAGGCGCUGCGCGGCCGCGGCCGUACUACGUUCCGCUCCUUCAACGGGUUCUUGACUCCCUUCGUACUGCUAGUCGUACUGUCACGCGUCUCGUGGCCACUGUUGUCAUUGACCCUGCCUUUGAGUCCAUUGCUGCGUCUGCCUUAGUUGCCGAGCUUGUCGACUUUGCUGCUCACUGUCGUCUGGACUACGCCGCUAGUCUUGUUGCUGAGUCUGAGUCUGUCUGUCCUCCGUCCGUCGGGGGUGAGUGUGCUCUUGGCACGUACGUCCGUGAGGACAGGCACGAGGACUUUGAGUGCUUUGCAGCCGCGGUACCUCAUCUCGUGUCCAUGCUGAUUGCACCUGAGGGAGACCCGGAUGCACUAGACAUCCCGACCCCGCGCUCUUACGCAGAGGCGAUAGAGGGUCCCUACUCCUCUCACUAG